AUGGCCGACGACGAAGUUAAUUCUUCGCUAAACGGCAAGCCCGACUUCGAUUGGGAGGAUUUUGGCCGUGAUCUGCGGAGAUCGCAGCCUGCGGUCAGGAUCGCUGCCAUUACACAUAAGUUAAUACCCUUUAUUAAGAGUGAAGAUUUCACGGCUCAAGAUUUAGUUCUUUCAUUGAAGUCGCUCUUCGGAACUUACCCAUCAUACGUCGACAAAGGAUCGAGAAGCGCCGUUACCCGUGCCUUCGCCGCCCUCAAUGAACGCAACUCGGCAGUUUUUUUUACCAAGAUCAUCCCAGCUAUCAAGAAAGAGUCAGCGAAGGCCUCUACCGGAGCAAUCGCCGCCUCAAACGCUUUCGCCCUACUCGAAUGGAUCAACGACCUGAUCGUGUUGGCGUCCACGUCAGAGGAAGCCUUCAGCAAGGUUUCUGGAGAUGCUAUCAUUGCGCAGGCGACGUUGUUGGAAGCGUGUAUGUCGUACGAGAGCAAGGAGGGUAUUAGGAAGGGCGCCCUACAGAGUACGAGGGCUGCGAUGCGGGCGUUGUUCAGAUUACCGGAAGGACGUGGCGCGCAGAUUGUCCAGCAGUACGUCGAGACUCUUGUCGCUGGAGGUAACCCAACGAAUGCUGUUGCGCUCGGUGUUGUCGCUGGCGUUGCGUCGCACCUUACUGUCACCAGUGCGCCGAAGGAGAAGGUCGAGGAGCUGAAUGGACAGUACUACACCUACUUCACCAAGGUUCUCUUGGCGUCCAAGACACAUGUACCAAGACAUAUCGCCGAGGGUCUCGGUGAUUUCUUCAAGGGGUUUACCACCAGUGAAGACUUCGUGGGACAGCUCGCGACUCCGUUGAAGAACUCUCUUCUUCGUGCACCGGAUAUGGUUCUCAACAGCCUUGCCGGACCAGUAUUCACCUCCUUGCGAGAGUCUAUCGACCCAUCCGAGGCCCUUAACACUGCCCUUCUCACUCCGAUCCUGAACGGUUUGAAGAGCUCUAACACCAGCACGCGUGAAGGUGCGCUCAAGACUCUUCAGGCCGUCCUUCCUCUCUGCAAGAACGAAGAAGGUGCAGCCAAGGUCGCAGCCUCCAUCGCUGAGAACUUGAAGCCUGGGAAGCUCGCGUCUGCCGAACACCGCACUACCUACGCUCGCAGCUUGUCUUUCCUUCCACCCUCCAUUUCUCUCGCCAAGACUGUACCAUCAUCUCUACUCGCCGGUAUCGCAAAGGAGGCUAACGAGCAGGCGCUCGUUGCUGAGGUGAAGGCUGCUAUGGGAUGUGUCUCUUGGGGAUUGAAGAACGGUGUGGCUGUCGAGAAUGAUGUCGCCGCUGCCGUCGUCAAGGGCUUCGCCGACAAGAAGGGAGCCGUCAAGAGCGUUUGGUUGUCCACUACUGCUGCUGCACUGUGGGAUGCCGGUGUCUCUCCCUCAGCGGAGGUCCUGGAGUUCGCUCGCGCUGUUGCGAAGCCUUUGCUCGAUGCUGGGAGGGCUGCGUCUGCUGACGCAUUGAAGGCGGUUCAGGACGGUGGCGUUGUUGCUGCUUAUGCUGGUACCGCCGUCGGUCUUGGAAGGUUUGCGCAAUGGAAGGAGCUUGAGGUUGACACUGCGGGUAUUGCUGCGGCUGCUUUGACUUUGUCUCCUAAACCCUCAUAUCUUUUGUACGACCGUGUGUUUACCAAGCUCGCGUCUCCCGAGGACCAUACCUGGUUUGCGAGAGCCUUGCAGACCGUCGCAGAACAUGCGUCGGAGAAGCAGUUCAAGGCAGCCGGUGCCGCUUGGUCUCAGUCCAUGAUCUACGCCAUCACUGCUCCGUCUGUGUCCCACGAGGUUAAGGCGAUCGCGCAGGAGUCUCUGAAGGCAUGCUACUUGGCCCGUCCCGCGCUCGUUUCUGCAGAAAUCGCUUCGGGAGUCUGGUCAUGGCUCGUGCAGCUCGACGAGGCUCGCAAGGAGGGACCCGCUGCCUCUGCAGGUGUGCAGUCCUUGAACAACCUCCACAGCGUUCUCAUCUCAAUCUGCCCUAACACCGACGCCGCUGUCGAUCAGGAAAUUUUGCAGCAGCAGAUGGUUGACCUCGCGGUUGUUGCGCAUCACCCUCUGCUCAAGGUCGGCAAGAGGAACUUGUGGAUUGAGUUGUGCUUGAGGGUAGGUGUUGAUCCUGGUGUGUUGGUGGCUACCAGGGCAGAGGAAUUGGUUCUUACUGUCGAGGUCGUUCUUAGCCAAAACAGCCCUGACAACGCUGCUCGUGCCGCUGCUUUGCGCACGGUCGAGACCCUUGGUUUCGUUACCCCUGACGCAUCUUUGCCAUUGUUGAUCGAGGCAUUCAAGCGUGACUUGCAACCCGAAUCUUAUAGAUGGAUCGGCGUUGACGAGGCAGGAAUUUGGAGCACCAAGGAGGGAUCCCUCUUCGUGGAUGUUCUCGACAAGUCGAAGAAGGAAAUCAACAAGGGUAACACCAAGGACUACGAGACUGCCAAGUGGGAAGCUGAGCUCCGUGCUCAGAUUGCGCAAAAGAAGACUGAGAAGAAGCUCACCAAGGAGGAGCAGAUACUCGUUAACCAGCAGUUGGCGAAGGAGAAGGAGAUUCGUGCCAAGGUGCAAGACGUAUAUGUGACUGUUCGUCGUGGAUUGGGUAUUAUCAAGACUCUUGCAUCCAGCAAGAUUGUUGGCGCAGCAGCUUGGAUGGGUUCUGCCAUCGAAUCAUUGCUUGGACCUGCCUUGCAGCAGGUUGGACUCAUCGUUGGUGACGAAGCUGUCCUGACAUACUUGGAGUGUUCCGAGCAGGCGACCGGCCGUCUCGGUACUACAGCCAAAUUCGUUGGUGUUGCUACCCUUCGUGCUAUGGGAGUACCCUAUAUCCCGGCCGAGCUCCGUGAAGAGCUUUUGAAGGACCUCGCUACUCGUGUGCUCUUCCGCUUGCGCUUUGCCGGUGAGCAGCGCCCCUUUGACGACGUUACUCUGACUUACGCCCUGCCGUUGAUCAUCGCAACCAUCAACAACGGCGGUACGGGAACUACGGCUCAGGAAGAGGUUGAGGAGCAGAUCCUCCUUGCCGUGGAGACUAUCACCACGCACGCGGAAAACUUCAAGAACGCCUCUUUGCCUCGCCAAAACGUCAUUGAUGCGUUGCUGUCGAUCCUCAAGAACCAGCCCGCUCACUACAAUGCUGCGAAGGCCUGUCUUGCCGAGAUCUGCCAGGGUCUUGCUGAGAACAUCUCGAGCGCUGAGCGUGAUGCGCUUUUGCGUGGUGCUUCGUCAUCGGAGGUUUCUGUUCGCACCGCUGUCCUCCAGGCUCUUAAGCCCCUGGACCUCACUACCAUCGACUUCAGUGAGGAGUUGUGGAUGGCUUGCCACGAUGAGACUGAGGCUAAUGCCCAGAUCGCCAUCGAGCUCUGGAACGAGAACGCAAUGGAGGUUAACGAGGAGUCGCCCGCCGCUCUCCUCAAGCAUGUCGUUUCUGACAACGCAUAUGCUCGUCGUGCAGCGGCUUUUGCUCUUGCUGAGGCAUCCGAGCAUUUCCCUGCUACUGUCAGUGAGACCGUCACUUCCUUGCAGACUUUGUACCGAGAGAAAGCCAAGCCUUUGGUACCUGUUUACGAUGAGUACGGUAUGAUCAAGCCUGCAUCCUUGAACCAGAAGGACCCAUGGGAGGCACGUGUUGGUGUGGCAUUGGCUCUCAAGAACCUUGCUCCUCUUUUCACUGCUCAAGAUCUUCGAGCUCUCGUCAGCUUCUUGGUUGAAGAUGAAGCCCUUGGAGAUCGUCAUGCAUCCGUUCGCCAGGCCAUGCUUGAGGCCGGUAUCGCCGUUAUCUCCAUCCACGGCAAGGCACAGGUCGAGGAGUUAUUGCCUCAAUUCGAGAAGUACUUGUCAGGUUCCUCUGCUAAUGAGACUCAAGACCUGGUCCGCGAAUCUUGCGUCAUCUUGUUCGGAGCCGCUGCUCGCCAUCUUGAAUCAACUGACAAGCGUAUCCCCAACGUUGUCACUCAGUUGUUGGAAACCUUGAAGACUCCCUCCGAGGCUGUUCAGACCGCUGUUGCUGACUGUUUGCCUCCUCUUGUUAAGUCUAUUGAGAAGGAGGUUCCCAAGCUCAUCGACAGUUCGCUUGCACAGCUUUUCGAGGGUGAGAAGUACGCCGAGAGGCGUGGUGCUGCGUACGGUUUGGCAGGUGUUGUCAAGGGUCGCGGUAUUGCUAUUUUGCGCGACAGCCAGUUGAUGUCUGCUUUGCGUGAAGCAUUCGAGGAUCGCAAGGAGUCCAAGAGGCGUCAAGGUGCAGUCUUCGCUAUUGAAACCAUGUCUCUCAUCCUUGGCAAGUUCUUUGAACCUUACGUGAUUCAGACCUUGCCAUCACUCUUGGGAACUUUCGGUGACAGCGUUGCCGAUGUUCGAGAGGCCACCCAGGAUGCCGCAAGGGUCAUCAUGGGUAGAAUCAGUGGACACUGUGUUAAGCUCAUCUUGCCUUCCCUGUUGUCCGGUCUUGAUGACACUCAGUGGAGAUCCAAGAAGGGUUGUAUCGAAAUGUUGGGUGCUAUGGCCUACUGUGCGCCUAGGCAGCUUUCUAUCUCUUUGCCUACUAUCGUCCCGCGCUUGACCGAAGUCAUGACUGACAGUCAUGCCCAGGUCAGAAACGCAGCCAACGAAAGUUUGUUGCGUUUCGGAGAGGUUAUCAACAACCCCGAAAUUCAAGAGCUUGUGCCUCUUCUGCUCAAGGCUCUUAGCGACCCUAACAAGUACACCGAUGAUGCACUCGAGAAGCUCUUGAAGACGGCGUUUAUCCACUAUAUCGACGCGCCUUCUUUGGCUUUGCUCAUGCCCAUCUUGUCUCGUGGUAUGAGGGAAAGAUCUGCUACAACCAAGAUGAAGGCUGCGCAGAUUUUCGGAAACAUGGCCAGUCUUACGGACCCCAAGGAUUUGGUGCCUUACCUCGAGCAAUUCUUGCCUCUUGUCAAGGACGUUCUCGUGGAUCCUGUGCCGGCCACUCGUUCCACUGCCGCCAAGGCUCUUGGUACAUUAGUGGAGAAGCUCGGCGAGCACAACUUCCCUUCUCUCCUGUCGGACCUCUUCGUCAUUCUCAAGUCAGAGCACAGUGGUGUGGAUCGUCAAGGUGCCGCUCAAGGUCUCUCCGAGAUCUUUGCUGGUCUUGGUAUGGACCGCCUGGAGGCUGUCUUGCCGGAAAUUCUCAUUGGAACGGAGAACACCAAGUCAUACGUCAGGGAGGGUUACAUGUCUCUCUUGGUCUACCUUCCUGCCACUUUCGGAAACAGAUUCCAGCCAUACCUCGGAAGAACCAUUCCUCACAUUUUGUCCGGACUUGCGGACGACUCCGACUACGUACGCGAAGCGUCUUUGCGCGCCGGCCGCAUGAUUGUCAACAACUAUGCCACUAAGGCUGUCGAUCUCUUGUUGCCCGAGCUCGAGCGUGGUCUCUUCUCCGAGAAUUGGCGCAUUCGUCUCAGUUCCGUGGAACUCCUCGGAGACUUGCUCUUUAAGAUCACGGGUAUCAGCGGCAAGACCGAGCUCGACGAAGGAGAGGAAGAAGAGCACAUCGACCACCGUAAGCUCUUGUCCGAGAUUCUCGGUCAGGAACGUCGCGACCGUGUCCUUGCGGCUCUUUACAUCAUUCGCCAGGAUUCUUCUGGUAUGGUUCGCAGUGCUUCCGUUGCUGUUUGGAAGUCAUUGGUAUCCAACACUCCAAAGGUUGUGAAGGACAUCAUGCCUGUGAUGACUUCGAUCAUCAUUCGCAACCUUGCCAGUUCAGCGUACGAGCGCAAGAAGGUUUCUGCAUCCACCCUUGGAGAUAUCGUCCGCAAGCUUGGCGAUUCCGUUCUCGCACAGCUCUUGCCUGUAUUGCUCGAGACCUUGGAGAAUGGCGACGGAGAGACCAAACAGGGUGUUUGCGUUGCUCUCUGCGAGAUUAUGGAGAGCACAAGCGCCGAAACCUUGGAGGACCACGAAGAUCUCCUCAUCGCCGCCGUCCGAUCAAGUAUCGUCGACCACGACGCCGACGUCCGCGAGCACGCUGCUAGGGCGUUCUCGCUCUUGCAGCAGAUUUUGGGUAGCAAGGCUGUUGACCAGAUUCUCCCUAGUCUUCUCAGCUUGCUUCAGUCGGGCGAGAACUCUCAGAAUGCGCUUGCUGCUUUGCGUGACCUCAUGGAGCUUCGCUCUAAUGUUAUCUUCCCUGUCCUUAUUCCUACCUUGAUCUCUGUGCCUAUCAGUGCUUUCAACGCCCGCGCGUUGGCAUCGCUUGCUGAGGUUGCAGGAGCUUCUUUGACCAAGAGGUUGACCGCCAUCAUCAAUGCCCUCGUGGACUCUCUUGUUUUGGAGAAAGACGAAGACGUUGUUGCUGAGCUUAACUCUGCUUUCGACACCGUCAUUCUUGCGAUCGACGGUGCUGAGGGUAUCAACACCUUGAUGGCGUUGAUGUUGGGUCUUAUCAAGAAUGAGAUCGCUGCCAAACGUGCUCUUGCCUGUAACCACAUGACACGCUUCUUCGCGGAGACUGAGGCAGACUACUCGAGAUACGUGCAAGACUGGAUCCGCGUGUUGCUGGUUCUCUUCAACGACCGCGACCAGGGCGUUGUCAAGGCUGCCAACGAAGCACUCGCUGCUCUCACAAAGGCCGUCAAGAAAGAGGACAUGGAAGCACUUGUCGUCCCUGCGCGCAGGUCUAUCCAGGCUGUUGGCUAUGCGGGCGCGGACCUCCCUGGAUUCUGCUUGCCCAAGGGUAUCAACGCUAUCCUUCCUAUCUUCCUUCAGGGUCUGAUGUUUGGAAACAUCGAUCAGAGGGAGCAAUCUGCGUUGGCGAUGGCUGAUAUCGUUCAGCGGACGAGUGCAGACGCAUUGAAGCCCUUCAUCACCCAGAUUACUGGUCUCAUGAUUCGUUCCAUGAGUGAAAAGCUUCCUGGCGCCGUUCGUGCGGCCAUUCUGCACACGCUCAAUGUGCUCUUAGACAAGGUGCCUGCGCUCUUGAAGCCCUUCUUGCCUCAGUUGCAGCGUACCUUCGCCAAGUGUCUUGCCGAUGUCGACAGUGAGGUUGUCCGUACUAGGGCUGCACAGGCCCUCGGUACACUCAUCACCCUCCAGACUCGUGUCGACCCGCUUAUUGCCGAGCUUGUUGCUGGUGCUCGUACACCCGACGAGGGUGUCCGUCUUGCCAUGUUGAAGGCCAUCUACCAAGUCGUCAGCAAGGCUGGUACCGGCAUGAGCGAGGUGUCCAAGAAGGCCGUCAUGGCAUUAGUGGAGGAGGGAUUGCAAGAUCCUUCGCAGAAGACGUCUAUGCUUUGCGCCAAGCUCUACGGAGCAACCGUCAAGAUCUUUUCUCCAGAGGAGGCUGCCGGUUCAAUCCGCAACCAGUUGUCAGGCGUGGGUUUGACGAGGCCGUCUACGCUUUGUCUUAACUCGCUGUUGCUUGAAUCACCAGCAGCUGUUACUGCUUCUGGCAUGGUCGGCGAGGUUGCUGAUAUCAUCGCCCGUGGUAUCAAGUCAACGGAUGCUGUUGUUUCGGAGAAUUCUGUUCUUGCUGCUGGUAAAUACUUGCUGCAAGAGGAGAUUCCUAAGGAGGCUGAGCAGAUCGAGUCUAUGUUAGAUACUUUGGCGGCAGCAGUGACCGACUCUGCUUCAGGAAGUACCGACAGCCAGAGAUUGUCAUUGGUAACAAUCACAACCUUGGCUCGCAAGCACUACGAGAUGGUCGAGCCACACGUGCAGAAGCUCGCUCCAGUCAUGUUCUCCCAACUACGAACAAUGGUCAUCCCCGUGAAGCUCGCCGCUGAGCAAGCAUGGAUUGCAUUGUUUAGAAUGGUCGCGGACGGAGAGGAGCACAUUGACAAGUACAUCGCAACGCUACAGGGUACGGACGCUAGAAGAAUAGGUGACUACUCAAAGAGAGUAGCAAGCAAGUUGGCGGCGGCUGAGAGGGAAAGAAUCGAGGCUGGUGGAGAUAGAGCACCCGAGCAAGAAGAUUUGGAGGAGAUCAUGAGCGUAGGAGGAGUCCAAGGAGCUCAGCAUUUUGAUGACUGAUGAGUAAAAAAGUCGGUAGGG